AAUCGAACGUCGAACACUUUUUCGCGUUCUUUUCCAUUUCCAUCCCAUCAUUUGCAUUUCCAACUUGUGUAGAUGUGAUACAUUUCAGAUACUGUAACUUAAUAUUUGCGCUAAAGCAAUUUUUGUCAUUCAAUUUUUGUGAAAUCCACAGAAACUAUUGUUCCAGUCCAUAUCUCACGCUUUUCUGAUUUCGUGAUUGGAUUAUCUUGAGUUGUGUGCCAAGAAGGACUCUGUUUACCAAGAUUGAGGUUGUGCAGCAGUUUUCACCCCACUAACAUCAACAGAGGACAGUGCACCGUAUUAUGAUAGCAUAUGGCUCCCAAAGCUGAGGAAAUACUGAGUGGCUUCCAAGUUAAUUGGAUGAAUCUCCGAGAUGCCGACACUGGUAAAAUUUUAUGGCAAGGCAACGAAGAUUUAUCAGUUCCAGACAAAGAACACGAGGCCAGGGUGCCAAAGAAAAUCUUGAAGUGCAGAGCGGUCUCCAGAGAGAUUAACUUCUCAUCAAUUGAGCCAAUGGAGAAACUGAGACUCCAGCAGAAGCUCUUAUUUAAAGGCCGCUGUUUGGAGGAGUGGUAUUUUGAGUUUGGAUUUGUCAUCCCGAACUCAACCAAUACCUGGCAAUCACUAAUUGAAGCUGCACCUGAAUCUCAAAUGAUGCCUGCCAACGUCCUGAAUGGAAAUGUUGUCAUUGAGACGCACUUUUAUGAUGAUGACCUCCUCAUAUCUUCCUCCAGGGUUCGCCUUUUCUAUGUGUGAGCACUCCGCUGAAUCUCAAAGCACCAGGCAGCACACUCAAUAAAUUGCUGCAGUCACACAGUACGAAUUUUAUGUAAGCUCUCUGCUUAAGAAGCACACAGCAUCUGGUCUGGGAGAGUGAGAUCCAGAGUUCCUAGUCAUUCCUUUUUUAUUGUAUUUAUUCCUUUAUUUAUAAAAAUCAACAGGCAUCAUCCCAAAUUUAAAAUGAACAAGGUAAAAAUGAAUAAGAGAAAAUUGAAGAAACAGUCCUUUGCAACGCUAGGGACCAGACAAGAGAAUCUAAAAAUUAAAUAAAAUUAAUGACUAACAAUGAGAGUAGACUUAAAAUCCAGAAGGAUACUCAAGACAACCUUCACUAUAAUGCAAUCUCAAUUAAUUAAUCACAACAUCAUUUAAUUUUUAUCACAAAAAUGUGGGAUUUUUUGCGAUCUUUACUUUUUUCUCAACAACUCAUAAAAACUGAUAAAUAAUUGAAUAUAACGUAAGUACCAUUCAAGCAGCUCCUACCUGAAUCAACUCAGUUACAUCUCAUGCUGUCUAAUUUUUGCUUUCAUGUUUUAUUUUAUCACAAAAAAACCAAGCAAUAUUCACUUUAUAAUUUUAUGAAUGCAUUCUUUAUAAUUCAAGAGAAGAGAAAGUCUCAAGGCGUUUUUUUGCUCAGUUUUCCUGUAACUCAGUGAAAAAUGGGAGGACAUUAGGUAAGGCGAAAUGGAUUUGGAUUGAUUCUAAUCAGGUCCGCUUGUUGAUUACGAGUGAUUCAAACAAAAUUUGUUUUGCAGACCACUUAAAAAUAGUUUUUAAUUUUCUCAGACAACACGCAAAUUAGAACUCACGAUUCCAUUCUAGUUUAAGAAUUUACAAUCCUCGGUCAUCACAACAGUCAGCCUUCACUUUGACCAACCUUUUUUUCCUAGUCGCAGCUAUUUUUAAAUCUUAGAAAUCAACCAAUUAUUUUGCUACGUUUUGUUUCUUUCUCUGCCCUCUUAGCUUCUAUUUGUAUCUUGUUAAUUGUUGAUUUCGUUUGGUAGAAAUUCCUCUUAUUUUGACAUUAUGAUUUAUAGUCAUUUAAGUAUGGUUCUAACAAAUGCUAGAUUGAAAACUGAUAAAUCAGUUUUCCACUCAAUCUUUAGGAAACGAAAAGCUUCAUUUUGAUGUAAAGCACCCAAAAAAAUAUCACACGUCGAACCUCUUGAUGAGUAUUUACUAUUGUGUAUGCAAUGCGCAUCACAGUGAAAGAAAAAGUCACCCAGGAUCCGUGGAGCAUAUUCAGAAAGGGAGAGUAUUUUUGUAUUUGUGUUUUAAAUUUUUGAUAACAUUCCGCUUUCCUAUCUAUUGUGGGUCAAUGCUGAACACUAAAUUAUUAAAAUUGUCAGGAAUAGACCUGAAACAUUAUAGUUAAUUUCAGAUUCUAUUUUUUUAUUCAAUUUUUACUCUAAAAAAAAAUAUAUACGUAUAUAUAUUUUGCGGCAAAAGAUCUCGCAAUUUUAACGAUUUAUUGUAAAAUGAAAUAUCUUACUGAAUGAAUGUGCUGAAACUUUCUUGACACACAUCGUAAAUUAUUGAUAAUCGCAAAGGAAGAUGAGCAUUAACACGGUGCAUUUAUUUUAUUGUUUUUGUGACAGUCUGUGUUUAGAUAUUUCACGCAGUUGUUUUGUAUUUUUCAAUUUACUGCACUGUCUUGUUCACUGAAUUAUAUUGUUCUUGUUGUAGAAAUAAAAAACUGUGUUCAAUUUGAA